CUGAAGUGGUACCUCAGUGACAGCCAGGGAACCCAAGGCUGCAGGUGGCUGCUGAGAGCAGCACCGCUAAGAAUGGCAGUGUUGAUCCCAUCUCUGGCUUCCUGGCAUGGUGCAAGAAGGUUGGCUUGGAGCUCAGCCCGAAGGUUACCUCUCACCCAAGGUCUGCGUGAGCAGGGAGGGCACGGUGGCAGACUAUGGCAUGUUGGCCACUGAGGAUCUGCAGGUGGGAGAGGUCCUCUUCACCAUCCCUCGUGCUGCACUGCUGUCCCAGUACACCAGCUCCAUCCAGACCCUCUUGCAGGAAGCCCGAGAGUCAUUGCAGAGCCAGUCUGGCUGGGUGCCUCUCCUGCUGGCCCUGCUACAUGAAUAUACAAACAGCAACUCCCACUGGCAGCCUUAUUUCUCACUCUGGCAAGACUUCAGGAGCUUGGAUCACCCCAUGUUCUGGCCUGAAGAGGAGAGAACAAGGCUUCUGCAGGGCACAGGCAUCCCAGAAGCAGUGGACAAGGACCUAGUUAACAUCCAGCUGGAGUACAGCUCCAUCAUCCUGCCCUUCAUUGAGUCCCAUCCUGACAUCUUUGACCCCAAGCUCCACACACUGGAGUUGUACAAGGAACUAGUAGCGUUUGUCAUGGCCUACAGCUUUCAGGAGCCUCUGGAGGAAGAUGAUGAAGACGAGAAGGGGCCCAACCCUCCAAUGAUGGUGCCAGUAGCAGAUAUCUUGAAUCAUGUGGCCAACCACAAUGCCAACCUGGAAUAUGCUCCGAAAUGUUUACAGAUGGUCACAACACAACCCAUCAGCAAAGGGCAGGAGAUCUUCAACACCUAUGGGCAGAUGGCCAACUGGCAGCUCCUACACAUGUAUGGCUUUGCAGAGCCAUACCCUGGCAACACCAAUGAUACAGCUGACAUCCAGAUGGUGACAGUGCGCAAGGCAGCACUGCAGCGUGCCAAAAGUGAAGCAGAGCAGCAGCUGGUCUCAGAGCAGUGGAACUUCCUAUGCCAGCUGGAAAUGGUGGGGGAAGAAGGUGCCUUUGUGCUUGGCUGGGAUGAGGUGCUGACAGAAGAAGAGCUGUCCAUGACCCUGAAGGUGCUGUGCAUGUCAGAAGAAGAAUUCCAGCAGUAUAAGGAACAAGAUGGCUGGGAAGACGACACUGAGGAAGAAGAGAACUCUAUCCUUUCUAAUGAAGCUCUCUCCAGACUUAAAAACCCUUGCAAGAAGCUCCUUUACGACAGCGUGCUGCUGACUCUAGAGUCCUACAGGUCAGACUUGAAAGCAGAGCAGGACUUGCUAAAUAAUGAGGAGGCUUAUAAGAGACUGAGUCGAAGGGAGCAGCUCGCUUUGCAUGUGCGCUAUGGACAGAAAAGGAUCUUGCAUCAGCUACUAGAGCUGAUACAGUAGAAACCUGACCACCCCUUGAAAUCUACCCCUUGAAAUCUCCCUGGAACUGAGCUCAGAAAGGGCCUCUGGCCAUCUCUUCUACUACAGCAAGAACAGAAAGCAAGAUUGAACUUGGGCCCACUUGUCCCUCCCAGGGCAUCUGGCUUUUUGUCUACCUCUGUAUAAAGAAAAACCUUAAACAGUUAUGGCAGAAGAAAUAGUUUGGGGGGUGGGGCAGGGUUUUCAUACAGUGAGAGCUCUGGAGCACAGCCAGCACCAGGAGGAGAAUCUUCCUCUAGAGAACUUAUUAAUGCCCAGAUCUGCUACUAUUUGCUUGCAGAAGAUGGAGAUAAAUUGUCACAAUGAUGAGCCUGUUCCCUCAUUUAGCAUCAGUGAUUUAAGGCAAGAGCUGUUCCUUGUGCAGAUGAACUAGGGCAGAAGUACAUCUGGUAACUCUUACUUUACAGAGUAAACAUUUGGCAGAUAGGUAUGUCAAACUAAACUCCUCCCCUGUACUUCAUUAGUAGUGAGCAGUAUAGGAAUAUACCAGCACAUCCAUCUGUCUGGUUUCCAUGUGGGAUCAGUAGAGCAAGAGGUUUCCUUUUACCUCUGUGAAAAGCAUAUGGAAUAUAUCUUGGGCCUGCACAGAAACAGCUCAGGCCCAUAGUGUUUAUAUAUGCUAUACAGUGGCACUGUCACAGUUCUGCAACUGCUGUAGGUUAAGCAUUAGAUAUACACCCUCCAGUAGAUAACAGUUCUUCCCUGAAAUCAGGCUUUGCUCUGCAUCAUGUCUAGCUAUGCUAAUAUUUUCCCCCUCAGCAGUUCCUGUAUGAGGAAACACUGAAGGUUUGCAGGCCAAGCUACCUUUAAUAAAAGCAAUAGUUCUUACCCAGCCAAUGCUGUCUACUUCAACAGGGUGGAAAGUCCUAUCUAAAAAGAGAUCUUUCCUGAUGCUGCUGCAGAGCUAGAAGUAUUGCAAACGAGCAAAACCAAGACUGCAUUCAUCUGUAUAAAAGGGGUCACUUACAGCCCUAAUUGCACUGCUGGAGGCCAGAGAGUUUUUAAACAUUACCUGGGUUAUUUUUUAUUUUUUCCUUCCUUCUUCAGUCUCACAGUGGAGCAUGCAGUGGCUGUUUAGAGUUCAGUCUGCCAUCUUGGCUUUUCUCUUCCUCCAAAAGGCUAGAUUUCAAACUAGGCAUACAGUGGAUUGAAAGGUUAACCUUCUCUCCUUAAAUAUGAGGUGCGUUAUACUCAAGGCCUCGGCUGUGGCAGGGACUCUUUGGUAAUCCUUGGGGAGCUGACACAAACACUAUUUACCUUGACAGUAACAGGCUCAGGUGCAGGUUACGUACUGGCUAAGAGAGGAUACAGAGUGCAGGAGACUCUGUCCUACCAACCAAACCUACGCUGUAUGAAGUUAAUGGGAUCUUGGCCACGUCCUACCUUCUACCCUCCUCUACACCCACCCUAACAGUUCUUAAGGCAUAUACAGUGGUGUUAGUACAGAACCAAAGAGACCUUUGAGCCUUAGCAUAUUCAGUACCAGUCAUUAAGACAGGACACUACUUUAUAGUCAAUAAGCUCUGCCUAUGGUUGGUUAGAUAUAAAUGGCAAAAAAAAGAAAAAAACCACACCCACAGAAUCUGGACUAGAGGAAAGACUACUGAUAGGUCCUUGUAUCCUAAUCCAACAAAGGUGGAAGAGCAAGUUGGAGUUGCAGCACCAAAACCAAAAAAUCCUUACUUUAAAGGCUCAAUUUCAGCACAGCUGCUCACCUACCAAACAGGAGGCCCAGGCGAUUGUAGAAACUGGCAAGAGAUUCUGUCCCCUUUAGACAGAGGGGACUGACAAAACACUGCCCAGAAACAGGUGGAAAAUUCCCCUUGAGCCACAGGCUACUGGCACAUUUGGCUCAGUGGUGCCCUAGAUCUAGUUUAAGCUCUGUGCAGCAGAGACACAGUCCCUUAGAGCUAAGCAGGGAACCCUGAUCUCUCUACCCAUACCAUAGCAGUCAACUAGAUUUAACAAACUAGAAAUGUUAUCUAAAAAGAAAGCAAUGAAGCUCUUUUUCCUAGUAUCUGAUAAGUUGUAAGGCAUAGCCUAAAGCAAUUCAGAGUAUUAGCAAUGCUAAAGCCACCUAAGCCUUGUUACAGCUAACUAGCAAACUUGCAAAGAUUCACACUGAAGAAAGUAUAGCAGGGAGCAAAAGUCAUUAGAAAUGAAGCUGGAAGUCUUAUCUAUUCUCUUUAUCCCUCCACUAAGUACUGUCCUGGAAGAAUUAACAUUUCCUCUCCAACACAACAUUCAGAGACAAACUCUGCUUAUGAACCUGCAACUAAAAUGUUUCCCUCCCCAAGAAGCUAGACUGAGUCCUCUCCUUGUGCAUUUGAAACAAAGGUUCUAUCUCUUCUCUCUGGCCUCAUGCCACAAAACAAGCUCUGUUAUUCCUCCUGAUAGGGAGCCGCUAAAACACACUGGAAGACUGCAAAUUUUGGGAGGGGCGAAACAGACUUUGAAAGACAUCAGCUAGCCAAGCAGGGUGGAACUGAAGAGAAUAAGUACAGUGGCACGUGCUGCAUGUCAUGACUUUAAUGUGUAACUACAGUAUGCAUACAUACAAGAAGUGGGAGAACUAAAGCCCAAGAACUAGAAAGGCUACAAAAUACAACACAUGGACCAAUACUUUACAAAACAUUCAAAAUCCUUACAAAAUGGGCUGUAUUGGUCCUUUGGUUUUUUUUUUUUUUUUUUUUUUUUAAAUACAAACUUAUACUGUGUGGCCAUCAGGGGGGAGGUCUAGAUUUAGUCCCCCCUCCAAAAUUUACAAGUGUCAGGAGAAAAAAAAAAAAAA